UAAAAUUGAACCUGUAAUACAAUUCUACACCACUUAUUUCAACGCCAUAUCACAAAUUUUCGCCACCUAAUCGUAGAUUAAUAAUUUAUGAAUCAAACUAUGAAAAAUAAAAACCCCAAGAAAUCAGAACAGCAAAUUAAUUGUGAACCAUUUCUUACACUCUAUACCUAAUUCUCCAACAAACAAACAAAUUAAUUAAAUGAGUAAUUUAAAAAUCAUAUCUCUACCGACAUACACAAACGAUCUUCCACCCCUAACUUGUUAUAUAUACAAGUAAUAUCAAGAUAGUAAUUAAUCAAACAUUCAAACCUAAAUAGAAUAUAGAUUUGAAAACUAUGGCGAAAUUGGCUGCAUUUUUUGUGCUUUUUUUCUUGGCUACGGCAGCUUCAUCAGAGGCUGCGAUUUCAUGCAGCGACGUAAUUAAGGACCUGAGACCUUGCGUGAGCUAUCUAAUGAACGGGUCCGGGAAGCCACCGGCUCCAUGCUGUUCCGGCGUCUCAACUCUGGCGUCGGCGGCUUCGAGCUCGGCUGAUAAGAAGGCUGCUUGCGAAUGCAUUAAAAAUGCAGCUAAGAACAUCAAACUGAAAACAGACUUAGCUCAGUCUCUUCCCAAGGACUGCGGCAUCAGCUUGCCCUUCGCUGUUUCUCCCAACACUGACUGUACCAAGAUUGGGUGAAUGUUGAAGUUGAUGGGUUCUAUGAAGCGUACUGCUAUAUUUGGUUGUAUACGGAUUCGAGAUCGUACGUUGUUCUAUUCGACUUUUGUAGUAGGAAUGUUAUUUAAUAUUUUAUAUUUUGAAUAAGCCCCAAUUUACUGGUGUAUUCCUGGGAUUGCUUCGGCCCUUGUUGUACUAUCAUGCUUUUAAGCAUGUUUUUAUGUCAUGCACUUUGUGCUUGAACUUUAUAUAAUUAGAUUUGGCUUUUAUUUGAAA